AUGACCAAGAUCACGGUGACCAUCAUGUCCACGAUAAUGUUGACCAUCAUGACCCAGAUCAUGGAGACCAUCAUGAGCGUCACCAUGGUGACAUUUAUGCCCAUGAUCAAGGAUCAUGGUGACCAUCAUGACCCCGAUCUUGCUGACCAUCAUGAACGUUAUCAUGGAGACCAUCAGGGCCAUGACCCUGAUGAUCAUCAUAGCUAUUUUCAUAGUGACCAUCACGUCCAUGAUCAUGGUGACCAUCAUGAGCCUGAUCCUGGAGACUAUCAUGAGCGCGAUCAUGGUUACCUUGAUGACCAUGAUCAUGGUGACCACUAUGAACAUGAUCAUAGUGUCCAUCAUGGACAUGAUCAUGUAGAUCAUCAUGACCAGGAUCAUGAUUUAACUCAGUUACAAACGAGUGAGGUUCAAUUUAAUGUCAAACAAGUUUAUUGA